AUGGCAGCUAAGAAGACAGCUAUUGCGUUUGACCUAUAUGGGACGUUACUGUCUACCGAGUCGAUAGCUCAUGAGCUGGCCAAAAUCUACGAUGAGGAUAAGGCUAAACAAUUGGCCGCCUUGUGGCGACGGUACCAGCUAGAAUAUACGUGGCGGAUUAAUAGCAUGGGUGAAUAUAAGCCAUUCAGCGAGAUAACGCACAAUGCGUUGGGUCAUGCGGUAGCAGAGCAUGGGCUGACACUUUCGGCGAAAGAUGCCGAUACUCUCAUGAAGUCGUAUGAUGCAUUACAUGUCUUCCCCGAAAUUCCCUCCGCGUUGAAGCUCUUGGAAAACAAUAAAGAUUCGGUGGAUGCCUACGUCUUUUCUAAUGGCACUGAUGAGAUGGUUGGGAACUCGAUUAAAACCUCGCCGGAACUAGGGCCGCACGUAGAGAGGUUCAAAUCGUUAAUUACAGUUGAUAGCUUAAAGUGUUUCAAACCGGACAGGAGGGUGUAUGAUCAUCUAGUCGAACAAGUUGGAAAACAGGGGGAAGCAGGUGAUGUUUGGGUUGUAAGCGCCAACCCGUUUGAUAUUGUCGGCUCGAGGGCAGCAGGGCUAAAAGCAGCAUUUAUCGAUCGGGUUGGUACAGGUUGGAUAGACCGGCUGGAUGAAAUGCGCGCACCUGUAGUCGUAGCAUCGGGGGUUGACGAAGCAAUUACCUCAAUUCUGAAGGAUUAG